UAAGACCACCAUGCUUCCUAUCUUAAACAAUCUUAUAAAAUAUAUCAGUCAAUAUUUUGAUUGUUAAAGUUCAGUGUCCAUGUGUUCAAUAAUUAUGUAGUCCAAUUUCAAAUUUAUAAAAACUUUGAAUAUCGAAUUGAUUUUAAAAAAAAUAUUACAUUAAUGACCGUAAUUUCUGUGAUAAUAUAACAAAUGUUUAUUAUUUAUUUUUAAAUAAAAAUGAAUUUAUCAUGGAAAAGAUAUUUAUUAUGGUUUGCCCAAGAACAUGUUGAUUUUCGUUUUGCUGAAAUAACUUCGAUUAUUCAAUUAUUAAAUAUUCCAAUAAAAUGGGUUGAAGAACCCACACCAGAGGAUCCAUAUUGGAUUGUUCAACUUCCAUCCGAAGAAGCGGCUCAUUUAAUAGCAAGUCGAUCAGUUUCAUUACGAUGUUGUUUGGAAUUAUGGGGUCGUGCAAAAGAUAUUCCAACGUUACAUGAAUCACUUAAAAAAUAUCCGUUUGAUGAAAUGUCCAAAUAUUUCCAAUCGGAUAUUUCGUUUAAAAUUCAUGUGGAAACGUUCUGUAAACAUUUUACACAAAAAGAGAAAGUUCAAAAAAUUGAGACCUUCAGUUACUUACCUUUAAAAGGAACCGUACAAUUAAUUGAUCCAGAUGUAUGUCUUCAUUACAUUGAAUACUACGGUCUAAAUCCAAACGAUAUUCCAGAAAAACCUUUAGAUGUAUUUUUUGGACGUUGGAUAUGUGAUAGUGCACGAUAUUUAAUAUCGAAAAUAUCGUUAAAAACACGUAAAUUUAUUGGAAAUACAAGUAUGGAUGCACAAUUAUCAUUAAUAAUGGCAAAUCAAGCAUGCUGUAAACCUGGUGAUAUUUGUUUGGAUCCAUUUGUGGGUAGUGGUUCGUUAUUGGUUGCUGCAGCUCAAUUUGGUGCAUAUGUUAUUGGAACGGAUAUCGAUUAUAUGAUGUUACAUGCACGUACCAGGCCCUCCAGAAUUACACAGAAGAAACGUGAAAUCAAUGAAGGGAUACUUUUAAACAUGAAACAAUAUCAUUUGGAGCAUUUAUAUUUAGAUGUAUUGGUGGCCGAUUUUUCAUUACCACUUUGGAGAUCAGAAUUUCAAAUUGAUUCAAUAAUAACUGAUCCACCGUAUGGUAUACGAGAAUCAACGGAGAAAAUUGGAAUCGAAAAAGAUAAUUAUGAAUUAACUGAAGAGCAUUUACAAAAUCAUGUACCGUCUAAAGUCGAUUAUGGAUUAUCACAAAUUUAUCAUGAUUUAUUAUCAUUCUCAGCCGAACAUUUAAAAUUAAAUGGCCGUCUUGUUUGUUGGUUUCCGGUCUAUAGGGACGAUUAUUCUCCAGAAAUACUACCAGAGAAUUCAUGUUUACAAUUAAUCGCAAAUUCUGAACAAAUAUUAAAUAAAUAUACAUCGCGUCGUCUAUUAACAUACGAAAAAGUGAAAGAAUUCGAUAAGAAUCAUUUGGACGUAAUGAAAGAAAUACCAGACUUUCGACAAAAGUAUUUUGCACAUGGUGAUGAAACACGUAAAGAACGUAAAGCAAAACGUGCUGAAUUGCGAGAGAUUGGACGAUUAGAAUCGUUGAAACGAUCGAAUAAUCAAAGUGAUAAUAGAUAAGUAAAAUUUCUAUAUUUUGGUAUUGAUUGGUAAGAUAAACAUUUUUUGGCAA